AUGGAGUACACCGCCUCGCCUAAGCCGCAGCUCUCCUCCCGGGCCAACGCCUUCUCCAUCGCAGCGCUCAUGUCCAGCGGCAGCUCCAAGGCCAAGGAGUGCGCCGAGAACACCAUCAAGCCUUUGGAGCAAUUCGUGGAGAAGUCCUCUUGCUCCCAGCCUCUGACCGAGCUGCCCUCCUUGGAGCCCCACGGCGAUUUCGGCGGCAGCGGCGGCGGCGGCAGCCCCUCGGCCCUGUGCACCGAGCCCCUCAUCCCCACCACCCCCGUCGUCCCCAGCGAGGAAAUGGCCAAGAUCUCCUGCGGCCUGGAGACCAAGGAGCUCUGGGACAAGUUCCACGAACUGGGCACCGAGAUGAUCAUCACCAAAUCCGGAAGAAGAAUGUUUCCGACCAUCCGGGUUUCCUUUUCGGGUGUGGAUCCGGAAGCCAAGUUCAUCGUGCUCAUGGAUAUCGUUCCGGUGGACAAUAAAAGAUACAGAUAUGCCUACCACAGGUCUUCGUGGCUGGUAGCGGGCAAAGCAGAUCCACCUUUGCCUGCCAGACUGUACGUGCAUCCAGACUCGCCUUUUACUGGAGAACAAUUGCUGAAGCAGAUGGUGUCCUUUGAAAAAGUGAAGCUGACAAAUAAUGAGUUGGAUCAGCACGGCCAUAUCAUCUUGAAUUCAAUGCACAAAUAUCAGCCCCGGGUGCACAUCAUUAAAAAGAAAGACCAUACUGCUUCCUUGCUUAACCUGAAAUCUGAAGAAUUUAGGACAUUUAUAUUUCCAGAGACAGUGUUUACGGCGGUCACGGCAUACCAGAACCAAUUGAUAACCAAGCUGAAAAUUGACAGCAACCCUUUUGCCAAAGGAUUCAGGGACUCUUCCAGACUCACCGAUAUUGAGAGAGAAAGUGUGGAAAGCCUCAUACAAAAGCAUUCCUAUGCACGAUCCCCCAUCAGGACCUACGGCGGAGACGAUGACGUUCUGGGAGAUGAGAACCAGGCAACACAAAGCAGAGGAUCCGCUUUCACUGCAUCUGAUAACUUGUCUCUCAGUUCCUGGGUCUCGUCGUCCUCAAGUUUUCCUGGAUUCCAGCACCCACAGUCCUUGACUGCUCUGGGUUCCAGUACUGCAUCCUUAGCCACACCGAUUCCUCAUCCAAUCCAAGGGUCCCUGCCUCCAUACAGCCGCCUAGGAAUGCCUCUCACCCCUUCAGCCAUUGCCAGCUCCAUGCAGGGAAGCGGGCCGACAUUCCCAUCUUUUCACAUGCCCAGAUACCACCAUUACUUCCAGCAGGGGCCUUAUGCAGCAAUCCAGGGACUGCGCCACUCUUCUGCUGUGAUGACACCUUUUGUAUGA